AUGGGCCGGUGGGGGAUGAAGCUCGGCGACAUGGCCGAGUUCCAGUGCUUCGUCUGCAAGGACGCCGGCGACGUCCGCGUCUGCGACGCCAGGAACUGCCUCAAGAGCUACCACCCGGGCUGCGUGGGGAAGGAGGACGACUUCAUUGAUUCCAGCGAGCAAUACGUCUGUGAUUGGCAUAAAUGUUCUAAUUGUGGAAGUGAUGCACUCUAUUUAUGCUUGUGCUGUCCAAGUUCCUCUGCUUGUGGAGACUGCUUUGGAAAAGUUGAUUUUGUCCCAGUGAAGCAGAGCAACGAACUCAACAUGGGAUUCUGCCGCAGCUGUUUUAAUAUGGCAAUAGCGACUGAGAAAGAUGAUGCUGAAGAGGCAAAGGUUGUUUUCGAAGGUACCCCGGAGCACUAUCAAAUAUUGUUUAAAGAUUACUGGACAAUACUUAAUGACAAGGAGUGUUUUACAUUGCUCGACUUGCAACUAGCAAGUAUUCGUCAUAAAAGAAGCCUACAGUGUAAAGAAGGGAAGGAUUCAGAUGAGUAUCACAAGACAGAUGGAAAGCCAUUGGGUGACAAUGAUGGUGCUGGGCCAUCAUCUCUUCUUGACACAAUGGACAAACCAAAUGAAGUGCAAGCAACUCUGAAGAGAAAGAAACUGGAGAAGAGAACAUAUGUUGGGUGGGGUUCAAAAGAGCUAACAGAAUUCCUAUCAUGUAUUGGUAAGGAUGCAAGCACGCCUCUUGACCAUUUCAAAGUUGCUGAAGUUGUCAGGGACUAUGUUCGACAGAACAAUCUUCUAGAUGGUAAGAAGAAGAAAUCUGUCACGUGUGAUGAGAACCUGCAUUCUUUAUUUAACAAAAGGAAAUUUAAGUACAACAUGAUCCAUAGCUUGGUGGAAACGCAUCUUUCCGCAAAUGCGAUUUCAGAGGAUGAAAGUGAUGGAUCUGUGGAUGAUAAUGGUUACACGGUGAAAAAUAAGCCUCGGAAUAGUUUGGAGCCAAAAAUUCCUAAGAGUGUUUCAGGAAUAGACCCAAUAAUUCCUAAGAGUGUUUCAGGAAUAAACAAGAAAUGUCUUGCCGCUCUCAAUCCGAAUAACCUGAAUCUGAUUUAUCUGAGAAGAACUUUAGUUGUAAAACUUCUGACUGAGCUAGACACAUUUGAACAGAAAGUUAUUGGCUGUUUGGUCAGAGUGAAGAAUGAUCUCAAGAGUUAUACUUAUAUGAUGACUAAGAAAUAUUACCAGAUUGGACUAGUUACAGGCAUUAAGAAAUCUUCAGAAGAAUACAAGAUUAAGGAUACAUGUACAGAUGUUCUUUUAUGUGUUUCCGGCAUGUGGGAUGAUGUCAAGAUCUCAAUGCUAUCAGAAGAGGACUUUGAGGAGGAUGAGUGCAAUGAUCUUCUUCUGUUGGCCAAGAAAGAGCUCUUCAAAAGACCUACUGUUGCUGAGUUAGAGGAAAAAGAGGCAACUGUACAUGCAGACAUUGUAAAUCAUUGGUUUGAUAAGGAGCUUCGAAAAUUGGAAAUGGAGUUGGAACGAGCGCGUGAGAAGGGGUGGCGCCAGGAUAUCCAUGACCUAAGUUGUAAAAAAGUGCUUCUAAGCACACCAGACGAAAGACAGCGCCGUCUUGAGGCGAUCCCAGAAGUUAUUCCAGAUGCUGAAGAGGAGAGUAAAGAAAUUGGGAUUGAAUCAGCAGCGAGCAUUCCUUUUCAAGGGAAUCGAGACGAAAGACAGCGACGUCUUGAGGCGAUCCCCGAAGUUAUUCCAGAUGCAGAAGAAAAGUAUGAAGAAACUGAGAUUGAUUCAGCAGCAAGGAACCCUUUUCAAGGGAAUCGAGACCGACCUGGCGCAGCGGUGAAGUACUCCCCACUUGUGCCAAGAGGUCCCGGGUUCGACGCAGCCCUUCUGCAUUUCACUGUGCAGGGUGUGACACAGACAGUAGCUGACCCUUUGGAAGUUGGUAUAGAUGAAUCGCUAGAAGGUGCAUCUCUGCGAGAUGACGCUGCUUGUGAAAUUGCUUUUGAAGCUGCCGGCAAAGCCCUCCCUAAUGGUAGCACUCCUGGUCCUGGAUUGCACACUCCAUUGAACACAGUUACUGGAGUCAUUGAUAUCGACAACGAGGAGGAUGGAAAUGGUCCUAGUCAUCACAAUGGUGGUGACGAACAAGACAUCAUCGAUCUGGUCAGUGAUGACGAUGGGGAUGUUCACAUGGAGCAGUGUGAGCCAGAACGGGCAAGAUGUGAUGGACCAGAAACCGUCAAUGGGAUCGCUGCGCAUGCACAUAAUGGACCGGAAGCCGUCAAUGGGGUCACCAUACCUACAGUCCGUGCUUCCGAUGAUCGGGAUGGAAAUACAGGGCCUGUAUGCAGUACGUCACAAGCCAUGGCGCGUGAUCCCGUAACCGUGAAUGGGACAAGCAAGUCAGAUCAAGGGUGGCUGUACAGGGAUCUUCAGGGGCGAGAGCAUGGGCCAUACCCAAUGGCUCAAAUGCGGGAGUGGCAGCAAAGUGGGUACUUCCCUGAGGGCUUCCGCGUGUGGAGAGCAGGGAAAUCAAGGCGGGGGAGAGGCUCCAUCUUGCUGAUAGAUGCCAUGCGGCUGCACUAG